CUUCCUGGAUGCUUAGUUACCGCUGUGUCAUCGGAAUCCUGUACAUUGCAAGCUUCCACUAACAGGAUAUUUUCACGAAUUUGCUAUUCAUUGGCUCAUCGACAACAACAACAGCAGAAUCAUCCAUCCGGCGCGCGGGCGUGGUUAUCAUUCUGCCGCGAGCCUGUUAUAACGCGCUAUACGUCUCCAGUUACACUUCGAACAGCUCCCAAAAGAGACGAUUUUCUUAUCUUAAAAAGAGUCAUCGUUAAACGUUUGGAAAUGAACGGAGACUGCGUGGACGCGCGGCGCCAGGACACAACAGAUCCUGGUAAGGAUGGGGCAUCAGGAGCACAGGCCAUGGAGGUUGAUGCUAAAGCCCAGUCACAUGCCUUCAGAUACAGUCUGAACUACCCCAGCAUUGGACACUGCAUAAUCAUCAAUAACAAGAACUUUGAUCGCAGGACAGGCAUGAACCAACGGAACGGUACUGAUGUAGAUGCAGGAAAUGUAAUGAAUGUGUUUCGGAAGCUGGGAUACACUGUGAAAGUCUACAAUGAUCAGACAGUUGCACAGAUUAUGCAGGUUUUAACUGCAGUUGCCCAGGAUGACCACAGACGCUGUGCUUCGUUAGUGUGUGUAAUGCUCAGUCAUGGAGAUGAGGGAUUGUUUUAUGGCACUGAUACUUCUGUGGAGCUCAAGACCUUAACCAGCCUUUUCAGAGGAGACCGCUGCCCAUCACUAGUGGGAAAACCGAAACUUUUCUUCAUACAGGCUUGUAGAGGUACAGAACUUGAUCCUGGUGUAGAGGCUGACAGCUCCGAUAGUUCUAUGAGGAUUCCUGUGGAGGCAGAUUUCCUCUAUGCCUACUCUACGGCACCAGGUUACUACUCCUGGAGAAACACCCAGACUGGUUCUUGGUUCAUUCAGUCCCUUUGUGAAAUGAUGGCAAAGUAUGGCAGAGAACUAGAGCUCAUGCAGAUCAUGACCAGGGUCAACCAUAAAGUGGCACUCGACUUUGAGUCAACCUCCAACCAGCCUGGCUUUGACGCUAAGAAACAAAUCCCCUGCAUUGUCUCAAUGCUCACCAAAGAGAUGCACUUCACUGCUUGAAGGGACAAGGGAACUAUUAGUGAUUCUUGUAUUUCAGCUAUUCUGUAAACGCAGCUAUAGGAUAUAGAUUUAGGGAUGAGUUUAAGACCCUUUUUUCACAGUAGCAUUUGCUGGUCAUGCUCACUUUGGAAUUUCUCUGUCUCAGGAGUGGUGUUAUGGUUCUUAUUGGGUUUUACAAUACUGUAUGUGAAAACAGGUACUCAGGUUUUUAUUUACCUUGUGACUAAAUACCAUUUUGCCUCUGGGUUUGUAAUUAAAAUAUAAUAAUGAACAAUCA